AUGAAUGAUACAACAUUGGAAGAGAUUUGCGGCUAUCUCAAGCCAAAGAUCUUCGAGGAGAAUGAGAUGGUGGUUGAAGCGGGACAGCCACUUAACGCAAUGCUUAUUAUUAUAGCAGGCUCUAUGCAGGCGUACCGGCCAAUUAGGGAUGCUGGAGACGCACAUCCCUCAACCUCAUUCGUAACUCUUAAUAAAUAUAUGUUUGUUGGAGAACAACUUUUGGAUUGGGCAGCGAAAACCAUAACUUUCGAUGACCAACCUGUUUUGAUGAAAACUAUUCGAUGUUCCGGAAAGGUAAAGGCCUUUGCUCUCACAGUUGAUGACUUGAAAACGUUAGUGCUCAAAAUCUUCCCGAAGUCAACAGAUGGCAUUGUCAAAAUUGCUGCAACGAAGAUACAGGAGAAAUUAAAGGCGAUAUUUUCGUGGAUGGAAACAAAUGGCAUUCCUGAUUACGUGGCAAUAAAUAUUGUGCAUGGUUUUAGUAAAAGAAAAUUGAAAGAAAAAACAGAUGCUGAAGUGGAUGUGAAUUAUGUCUUCUCUGUUCUUGAAGAAUAUGGGACAAGGAUUAUGCGGCGCCAUUUCUGCAUGGAAACUCUGAAAAAAGUAAAGGAGCUUCAACAUAUGAACGAUCGUGAAUUGGGAAUGAUCUGCGACCAUCUCAAGCCGAAGGUGUUCGAGGAGAAUGCCAAGGUUGUUGAAGUGGGAGAGCCACUGAACGCGAUGCUCUAUAUUAUAGCAGGCUCUAUGCAGGCGGACCUGUCAAUUACUGAUGCUGGAGAAACAGCUCCAUCAACCUCAUUCGAUACUCUUGAGAAAGGUAUGUUUGUUGGAGAACAACUUCUGUAUUGGGCAAUGAAAACGGAAGCUUUUGAUGACCAACCUGCUUCGUUCAAAACUAUCCGGUGUACCACAAAAGUAGAAGCCUUUGCUCUCACAGUUGAUGACUUGAAAACUUUAGUGCUCUCCGGAGACAUCUUCCCGAUGAAGUCAAAAGCUGGCAUUCUCAAAAUUGUUGCUGACCCGAAGAUACGUGAGAAAGUGGAGGCAAUAUUUUUGUGGAUGGCAAUAAAUAACAUUUCUGAUGAUGUGGCGAUAGAUAUUAUGCAUGGUUUUAGUCAAAACAAAUUGAAAGAAAACAUAGAUGCUGAAGUGGAUGUGAAUUAUGUCUUCUCUGUUCUUGACGAAUGUGGGAGAAGCAUUAUGCGGCGCCAUUUCUGCAUGGAGACGCUGAAAAAACCAAUAGAAUCUGGGCCAGUCAUCAACAAAAAUCACAUAGUACUUGUGGCCACAAUGAGAAACAUGAGGGGCGGUGGCUUGCUUUUGGACAGGAUGAAUGGGAUAGAGACUGCCUUUAGUAGCGCCUUGAAAUAG